UCUUCUUCUUCUCUGAUGCCUGAUGGAUGAUAAAAAAGGAAGGAGAUAAGAUCAAGAGCUGGACGUACGGUUGGCGCACACAGACUCCCCAGCCCCCUCGAGUUCCUAUAAAUCCACUGGCGUCUUGUAUAUUUGUCCACAGUCUCAGAGAUAAGCUGUGCUGCGCUGUACUUCGCUCAGAUCUGGGUCGAGAAAUUCCUCUGGAUCGAGAGAUGGCUGCGUUUGCGUCGACGGCGGCGGUUGUGGUGGCGGGGCCGGUGGUUUUGCCUUGCCGGAAGGGAGCAAGGAGGUGCGUGGCGGCGCGCGCUAUUGCGGCUGCGGUGGCGGCGCCGGCGGUGGCGGGGAGGACGCACUACGAGGUGCUCGGGGUGGGGGCGGGGGCGAGCAGGGGGGAGAUCAAGGCGGCGUACCGGCGGCUGGCGAGGGAGGUGCACCCGGACGCCGGAUCCGGGGACGGCGAAGGGUUCAUCCGGCUGCACGCGGCGUACGCCACGCUGUCCGACACCGACCAGCGCGCGCGGUACGACCGGGAAGUGGCGGCGCUCUUCCGGCGGGCGGCCGCGCCGGCGUCGUUCCGGCGGCGGACGUGGGAGACGGACCAGUGCUGGUAGGAGCACGCCGGGUCGCCGGCUUCUGCGGGGCCGUCCGAUCCGGACUUGACGGCCCGGAUCGAGCCACGCGGACGCCUGAUCUGUGGACGGGCACGACGAGAGGCGGUUUUAAAGAUCUCUUGUGCGCUCGAUCAGCAAGCAGUGCCGCUAAUUUUAUUUUAUUUUUCAAACAAUAUACCAGCCGUAAUAUGUAAAUUAAUCAUCUAUCAUGGAUUAAAGAUUAAGAGUAA